UCGGUGUCCGGCGGGCCCAGGAGUGACAGCUCGUGAGGCUUCUUCUUCCUUCCCCACAGCCUUCUGAAGCAGCUCUGUGACAGCAUGGGAGCUUCCCACCUUCCCUCUCCUAGAGUUUGACUACUUAGCAUGGACCAGUCUGUGGCAAUCCAGGAGACCCUGGCUGACGGGGAAUACUGCAUCAUCGCAGUACAAGGUGUGCUCUGUAACGGAGAGAGCAGGCAGAGCCGCCUGCUGGGGUUGGUGAGGUACCAGCCGCUGGAAGAUGACGUUCAGGAGCAUGCGCUCUUUCUGUAUACACACCGGAGGAUGGCCAUCACGGGAGACGAUGUAUCUCUGGACCAGAUAGUCCCACUCUCAAAAGACUUUAUGCUGGAAGAAGUGACCCCAGAUGGUGAACUCUACAUCCUUGGCUCUGAUGUGACGGUACAACUGAAUACAGCUGAGUUCAGGCUUGUAUUCCAGCUACCCUUUGGUUCACACACCAGAAUGUUCCUCCAGGAAGUUGCCAGAGCAUGCCCAGGUUUCGACCCUGAGACGCGGGAUCCGGAGUUUCUGUGGCUGUCUAGACAUAGGUGCGCAGAGCCAGAUGCCCAAUCGUGGAAACCGCGCAAGUGGAACUCAGACCCGGGUACCCGGAGCAGAUUCACGCCCAUUGGAGGAGGUGGUUCUAACCUCGACAGCUCGAAGCCAAAUGGGAGAGGCCUGCUUAUGGACCAAAGCUCUGGAGCCAGGUGUCCGGAUAAACCAGAAAACUGGGUCACAAGACAGCCUAAAUCCAAGUCUGAAAUUACCGACAUGGUUCGCUCCUCCACAAUCACGGUAUCGGACAAGGCUCAUAUUUUAUCCAUGCAGAAGUUUGGGCUGCGAGACACAAUUGUGAAAUCACAACUCUUACAGAAGGAAGAGGAUUACACCUACAUCCAGAACUUCAGGUUUUUUGUGGGAACAUACAAUGUCAAUGGACAGUCUCCCAAAGAAUGCCUCCGGCCCUGGCUGAGCCACAGCACCCAGGCCCCCGAUGUGUACUGUGUCGGGUUCCAGGAGCUUGAUCUGAGUAAAGAAGCCUUCUUUUUCCUGGAUACCCCAAAGGAGGAAGAGUGGUUUAAGGCUGUGUCAGAGAGCCUUCACCCUGGUGCCAAAUAUGCAAAGGUGAAGCUGAUCCGGCUGGUUGGGAUUAUGCUGCUGUUGUACAUCAAACAGGAACACGCAGCCUAUGUCUCGGAAGUGGAAGCUGAGACUGUGGGGACAGGAAUCAUGGGGAGGAUGGGCAACAAAGGAGGCGUGGCAAUCAGGUUCCAGCUGCACAACACCAGCAUCUGCGUUGUGAAUUCCCACCUGGCAGCUCACACAGAGGAGUACGAGAGGAGGAACCAGGAUUACAAAGACAUUUGUUCUCGAAUGCAGUUCUCUCAGGUGGACCCGAGCCUCCCCCCUCUCACCAUUAGCAAGCAUGAUGUGAUCUUGUGGCUGGGGGACCUCAACUACAGAAUAGAAGAGCUGGAUGUGGAAAAGGUGAAAAAGCUCGUGGAAGAGAAGGCCUUUCAAACCCUGUAUGCAUAUGACCAGCUGAAAAUCCAAGUGGCUGCCAGGACUGUCUUUGAAGGCUUCACAGAGGGCGAGCUCACAUUCCAGCCUACCUACAAGUAUGAUACUGGCUCUGAUGACUGGGAUACCAGCGAGAAGUGUCGUGCUCCUGCCUGGUGUGACCGAGUCCUGUGGAAAGGAAAUAAUAUUACUCAGCUGAGUUACCAGAGCCACAUGGCCUUGAAGAUCAGUGAUCACAAGCCUGUCAGCUCAGUGUUUGACAUUGGGGUGAGGGUUGUGAAUGAAGAACUCUACCGGAAAACGCUGGAGGAGAUUGUCCGAUCCCUGGAUAAGAUGGAAAAUGCCAACAUUCCUUCUGUGACACUGUCCAAGCGGGAGUUCUGUUUUGAGAAUGUGAAGUACAUGCAGUUGCAAACCGAGUCCUUCACGAUUCAUAAUGGCCAAGUGCCCUGUCAAUUUGAAUUCAUCAACAAGCCUGAUGAGAAGACCUACUGUAAGCAGUGGCUUACUGCCAAACCCAGCAAAGGCUUCCUCCUGCCAGAUUGUCACAUUGAGAUUGAGUUGGAGCUCUUUGUAAAUAAGUCUACUGCCACAAAACUCAAUUCAGGCAAAGACAAAAUUGAAGACAUUCUGGUUUUACACUUGGAUCGGGGAAAGGAUUACUUUUUGUCCGUGUCUGGGAACUACCUGCCCAGCUGUUUUGGUUCUCCCAUUCAUACAUUGUGCUACAUGAGGGAGCCCAUCUUGGACCUACCGCUGGAAACUGUUAGCGAGCUGACUUUGAUGCCAGUGGAGGCUGCAGAUGACAGGAGCCAUUUGGAAAACCCCAUGGAAAUCCCCAAAGAACUCUGGAUGAUGGUAGAUUACCUCUAUAGAAAUGGUAUCCAGCAGGAAGAUCUGUUUCAACAGCCAGGCCUGAGGACGGAAUUUGAGCAUAUAAGGGACUGUUUGGAUACUGGAAUGAUUGAUAACCUCUUUGCUAACAACCAUUCUGUAGCCGAAGCCUUGCUGCUUUUCCUAGAAAGCCUGCCAGAGCCUGUCAUCUGUUACAGUGCCUACCAUAACUGCUUGGAGUGUUCUGGCAAUUACACAGCAAGCAAACAGGUCAUUUCUACUCUCCCCACAUUCCACCAAAAUGUCUUCAACUAUUUGAUGGCGUUUUUGCAAGAAUUGCUGAAAAAUUCAGCAAAAAAUCAUUUGGAUGAGAAUAUUCUAGCUACCAUAUUUGCCAGCCUACUGCUCCGAAACCCAGCUGGUCACCAAAAACUUGACAUAGUGGAGAAGAAGAAGGCCCAAGAGUUCAUUCAUCAGUUCCUCUGCCGUCCACUUUGAGCCUCAAUGCUCCUCUCCUGUUUUCCCCAAGACAUCCACAACUGUCAGCCCUACCUGUUUCAGCUCAAGAGCUGCCUUAGGAUCCUCUGAGGCCAGCUGGAAGCAAGAAUGGCAGCUACCUGUUUCCUUACCCAUGCCAUUGGCUAGCACACUCAUAGUGACUUGUGAAGACGUGGGGGAAAUCCAUGAUAACAGAAUGGACAUUCACGGUUCAACUUCAGUUAUUUAACACAAAUAGAUCUCUAUUCGAUGUUAAAGUUUUUAAGUAACUGUACUUUGGCCUUAUUCAACGUGCCUCCAGGACAUACAGUCAGUGGGUUCUCUGUAUCCUGUACUUGAGCAGCUCAUGAUUAGAUAUUUGGACUAACUGAAGCCCUUGAAGGACAGUGAGUUGGACAACAGGUAUUUGGAUUAGAUGUUCUGGAUUAACAAGUUUUAGCCAUCUCAGAUGCCUCCACUGUCCAAUCUGAGAACAUGUAUAUGCACAGGGCAACUGUCCCCUUUUUACUCAGCUCCAAGGCCUCUUAGUCCCUCCUAAAAGCACUGAAGAAAAGGGGUUCAGGUGAAAUAAAUGGGAUUGUGUAGGCCAUCCAGUCCUCCCAACUGUAUAUAAUGUAUCCCCUCUCAUAUAUGUAAUAUAUUUUAAUGAUAAAUGUAUUUUUAACAGUG